AUGAACGAAUCCACGCCUCUCCUCUCUUCGGAGGGCGUGAAGGGCAAGAAUUUCUACCUCGACUUCCCCAGUACCCUACGCGGCAAGAAGAUCCUCUUCGCUACAGAAUCAUGGGGUCCCGUGAACGGAGUUAGUCGCACGACGCGCAGUCUGGUCGAGUAUCUACUUGACAACGGCAUGGAACUCAUUCUCGUCGCGCCCAACUUCCAAGGUCAAUCAUCCAAGCAGGCCUGGGAGCGCCGUCUACCCGGAUGUGCGCUACCUUAUAACCCAGAUCUCACAGUGGUCUAUCCGUUCCAUCUGGAUGAUCUCUUCAGCCAGUGCUUCCAGCCAGACAUCAUCUACCUCGCCAGCCCAGCCUCCCUUGGGUUCCAAAUGCUGUUGCAAAUCCGCCAACUGCGGUCUCCUCCGCCGGUGUUGCUUAACUUUCAGACGGACUUGUCCGCCUAUGCAGAAAUCAUGUUGCCUGCACCGUUGGACACAUUCGGUGUGUGGCUCCUGGCGUCAGUUCAGAGGUUUCUGUUCAGCACCCGCGCCGUACACACCAUCUUUUAUCCGUGCUCUGCGAUCCGCGAAUACUUGGAACAUGCGCGUGUACCGGUCAAUCGACUCGCCCAGCUGGGUCGUGGUGUCGACACGCUUCUCUUCUCGCCGACACAGCGCGACGAGUCAUAUCGCCGUCACGUUGCGCCUCAUGGCGAAAUCAUCUUGAUAUGCGUUUGCCGCAUGGCCCCAGAGAAAGGAUUUGAGUUUCUCGCGCAGGUCACGAAACAAUUAGCCACAGACAAACUACCCUUCAAGCUGUUGAUUGUCGGCGGGAAUCGCAAUGUGGCCAUUGAGAAUAAAGUCCAGCGUCUGUUUGACGGUGUUCGAGACCACGUCAUCUUCACUGGAGUUCUCACCGGGUCUGCAUUAUCUCGUGCGUAUGCGUCUGCCGAUCUGUUCCUUCAUUGUUCAAUCACGGAAACAUUUGGGCUGGUGGUCCUCGAGGCCAUGGCCAGUGAAGUACCUGUCAUCGCGCGGGAUCAGGGCGGGCCCUCUGAUAUUAUCCGUCAUGGACAGACUGGUUAUCUGGUUCCACCGCGUGAUGUAGAGUGUUUUGUUCAUUCGGUCAAGGAGAUCUCCCUCGACCCAAUACGGCGAGCAAAAUUGGCGAUGGCGGCACGUCAGUACGCGGAUGAUGCCACCUGGGAGAAGAUCAACUGCCAGGCAGCAUGGCAAAUGGCCGAGGCAUUAUCAUAUGCCGACCAGGAAUCGCAGGGUUCUAAGCAAGUUACCCGACCUGGGAUGAUUGGAUGGGUCUUCGAGAAGCUCCGUCUGCUGCUUGCUGUGGGGAUUGUUUGUUUCAUGUGGUUGAUCUCUGUGGUCCCACUGAUCGUGCAUGGAAAUCGGUUCCUUCCCCGGGCCGGGCAAGCUGUUCAGGGUCAAUUCCAGGACACCCGUCCAUUGCGCGGUUGA